CCAGAGCAAGACCCGCCUGUCGCCUCAAACACAGCUCCACCAAAAUGAUCUCCGUCCGCAAGACUGCCCUGUCGGCCGGCGCGGCUGCCAAGCGCAUCAACCUGAGAUUCAUCUCCUCGGUUCCGGAGGUCCCCGCCCAGUCCUCCAACCGAACCACCACCUGGAGCAAGACCCAGCAGCCCAAGAAGGUUGCUGCUGUCGGCCCUCGAUUCGAGCAGACCCACUGGGACUACCAGCCCAACCCCCCAUCAGCCAUGGAACUCAUUCACGAAGAGCCCAUCCGAUUUGUUGAGGGCCGUGUCACUCACUGCGAUGGAGACGGAGGCGCCCUGGGACAUCCCCGCGUCUACAUCAACCUGGAUAAGGGUGUUCCCGUUGGCUGUGGAUACUGCGGUAUCAAGUACCAGCAAAAGCCUCAUCACCACUGAGUUACCCCCAGAUCGAUACAAGCCGACAAGCGUGGAUCUAGAUGUGGCAUUGGCGGCAUUGCAUCCAAACAUGGGCUCGACAUGAAUAAAUAAGCAUCGCUGGAUUCAGCCCAGCUCCUCGAACGCA